GGGGUUUUCUGUGUAGGCUUUCUUUUAAACAGCAUGAUUGGGCUUGCCUACUCGACGGUCAAAUAAUGUAAGAGAUCGCGUGAGUUUGGAGUUCCGUGUGAUCAAUCAGCAGCUCCCCGUUGUUUCUAAAGUGGACAGUGAAGAGAAAGAAGGAGGAAGAUUUUUUUUCCCCCACUGGCUGUUUGCACAUUCAGUACUCAGGAAAGUUAAAGGAGCACGGUCUCGAUGGAGGGGAUGAAGGGCACAGAGUAGGAGGGAAACUGAUGGUCCUCUCUCAUUAUCAGCACGGUUUUCCUGCACUGAGGAGGACUUCAUGCGGAGGGGGAGGCGCCCAAGCGAGGCGAGCGGCAAGACUGCUGCCUGAAUUUAACAAUUAACCUUGAUGAACACUGAUUGCUUUCACUUAACAGGCGCAGGUGCGUGUGGUUUGCAAAACGGCGCAGCUGAGCGAUUCCACAUUUGUGACCGAACACUGACGCAUUUUAUGCUAAACACAGAAACUACAGGCUGCCACAGAUAGAUAAUAGCAAUUGCAGCUGAUUUUUUUUCUCUUUCCACGGGACAGGAUGCAGGUUGCAAUAGGAACCCAUCCGACACACGUCCUUUUGCAGAAUCCGAAUUCAGGGGCGCCACUGAACUGAUUUGGAGACAUAUCGGAAUUUGACCGCCUUGUCAUUGCCCAGUCACCAGUCCCGGGCAGCUGAACGGCAUCAUCUCAGCAUCGGAGACAAGAAGGGGGGAAAAACUGUCCGCUUUACUACUCUCCAUCUGCGCACUGGACGGCUUGAAAUGAGGGUCACAUCCCGGUUGUGUUCCGUGUGAAGAGGCAAGCGAGGUGGCAGUUUCUUCGGCUCAAGGACGCAAAAAGUGGCCGCCGGCCGAGGUGCGAAGCAUGGAGCAGCACGACACUGACACCGCGACCCCCUCCAAAAAGACAAUAAUUGCGAAGAUAUUUAAAGUUCGCAAGAGGAGGGAGAUGUUAUUCGUGCAGGUCUGCUUUAUCUGCAGUGUCCUGUUCGUAGCGUGGAGCAUGUCGGCACUAUUGACCAAGACAGGCCAUGGGAUGAUUGUGGAGGGACAUCCCGACCAUGAAAUCUGGGGGAGACGGCUAAUGGCUUCAGUACCAGAAAAUGAAACUGAGGAGAAGAACUGUUCAGCGCCAGCAAUACACGAGUUCCCCGACGACUUUUUCACCAACGAUGAACGGAAGAGUGGAGCCAUUCUGCUGCACAUUGUGGCGGCUCUUUACAUGUUUCUGGCGCUUGCUAUAACAUGUGAUGAAUACUUUGUGACAUCACUGGAGAAGAUCUGUGAGAAACUAGAUCUAAGUGAAGAUGUCGCAGGAGCCACCUUCAUGGCAGCUGGCAGUUCUGCACCAGAGCUUUUUGCAUCUGUCAUCGGUGUCUUCAUCACCCACGGUGAUGUGGGGGUGGGGACCAUUGUUGGCUCAGCGGUCUUCAACAUCCUAUGCAUCAUUGGUGUCUGCGGGAUCUUUGCUGGACAGGUGGUGAUGCUGACCUGGUGGGCUGUUUUCAGGGAUUCCUUCUAUUACAUCCUGUCUGUUGUGGCUCUGAUUGCAUUCAUCUAUGAUGAGAAGAUAGUUUGGUGGGAGAGUUUGGUGCUGGUGCUCAUGUAUGCAGGAUACAUCCUCGUCAUGAAAUUCAACUCCAGCAUGCAGAAGUUUUUCAUGGGAAAGUCAAACAAAAAUGUGGCAAAUGGCAACGCGGCAGCCAGCAGUGAGAUGGAGGACGUCAAGCCUAGCAAAGCUUACAGCCGUGGCUCUGUGGUGAUGGUGGAUGAGAUCAUGAAUGCAAGCCCUUCAAAGUUCAGGUUCCCAGAGGCUGGCCUCCGUGUCAUGGUGACCAGCCAUUUUGGACCCAAGACCCGCCUGCGCAUGGCCAGUCGCCUCAUCAUUACAGAGCGCCAGAAGUUGGUGCAAGCUGCCAAUGGUGUGGAGACGCAAGUGAUCGACGGGAAGGUUGAAAUCGAGAAUGGAAAUGUGCCAGAGGACAAACCCAGCGAGGUGGAGGAAAAUGACACCAUCUCACCUUUUCAUAUUCCAAGGAGUAUAGGCAGUAAGUUUAAGUGGCUGAUCUCGUGGCCUCUGCUCCUGCUGCUGUUCUUUACGGUCCCAAACUGUGCCAAGCCUCGCUGGGAGAAAUACUUCAUGCUCUCUUUCAUCCUGUCUACUGUCUGGAUUGCAGUAUUCUCCUACUUUAUGGUCUGGAUGGUGACCAUAAUCGGCUACACUUUGGGAAUACCUGAUGUUAUCAUGGGCAUUACUUUUUUGGCGGCAGGAACCAGCGUCCCAGACUGCAUAGCUAGUCUCAUCGUGGCUCGGCAAGGUUUGGGAGACAUGGCAGUGUCCAAUACUAUUGGCAGUAAUGUCUUUGAUAUUCUAGUGGGACUUGGGGUUCCGUGGGCGAUGCAGACCAUGUGCGUUAGCUAUGGAUCAGUGGUGAUGAUUAACAGUCGGGGGCUGCUUUACUCAGUGGUGCUUCUCCUGGGCUCUGUGGCCCUCACGGUGCUGGGGAUCCACUUGAACAAGUGGCGGCUGGAUUUAAAGCUGGGCGUGUACGUCCUCGUCCUGUAUGCCGUUUUCCUCUGCUUCUCUAUCAUGAUAGAAUACAACGUCUUCACUUUUGUCAACCUUCCCAUGUGUAUGGAGGAGUAGAGCACAGCAGCAUGCCUCGAAUACCAAAACCUCAAGGCUCCCAUAGCAACCUUCAAUUUUCUUUUCUACAAUAACACGGACCUAUCAGCAGACUGUUCUCCUCCUCCUUUGCACUCUCUUCUUUGUAAUCCUUUUGUCCCAAAUAUGAAUCUAAUUUACUUACGAGGCAGUAAGCUGUAAGAAUGGAUGCCAUUGUACGUCUCAAAUUUGUCUCCUUGUCACACAGUGCCGGUCCUUAAUGCCCGUUAUUUGGGGCAUUGCCUGUUACUGCAGUAAAGUAUUUAGUUCCUCUGUGCGCCUGCUAUCUUUCUACCCAUCUAGCAUGCCUUUAGAUGUUGGGGACCUCCAGAAAUCAUAAGUGCCCCUGUUAAUUGUUGGUGUGUUUUCAAUGUUCACGUUGUAGAGAUUCACACACCAUUUCCAAAGCCUUUCCACAAACCAAAAGAGUCUGUCGAGGAAAAAGGAAAAAAAAAAAAUUAACAAA